GGUAUUCGUAUUUAUUUUGACAAUCGGUUGCAGUGAUUACAACAUAUGAGUGGGUCAAAAACACGGAGAAAAAAUUCUACAUGGUUCGCGAUUGAAUAACUAAAGAGAUAAUGGAUUACCUGGGCGAAGCUAUAGCGCUGGGCGUCGAUGCCAUCAUCUUUGGGGCUUGCAUGAAGCAGUACCUGAAGAACAAGAAUGCCAUGUCCAUGAUACAGGGUGCCCCUUAUUUGGAUAUAGAUAAAGAUUUGAAGGAGAUCGUGCAAACGCACCCCGAUCAGAAAUUAUCCUACGUGUCUAUUAGGGGAAUGGUGAAACCGAUGGGAAAUCCUAUAGUGAGUUCGAACAAUCCGAAGGUAUCAGGGGUGGUGCAGCUGUUGAGGAUCAGAGAGCAUGUGAUACAGAGGAGCACGGCGGGUUUCUGGUCGGAUCACGAGCGUCUCAUACAGGAGGUGCACAACGUGAUGCCCUUCGUGCUGGAUUCGAACGGUUACACGGUGGAGAUCGUCGAUCCAGUAGCCGCAGACAUUUUAGACAUGGACGUUAUCUCCGAUGUGUUCACGCCGACCGUGCCGAGCGUGAUGGACCACAUCUGGGGCUUCUUCGCCGGGGUGCGACAACGCGGCGUCCAGACGACGGAGAAGAUGUUGCGGAAAGGGACGAUGAUCACGGGGAUCGGUGAAUUGGUCGCCUCGAAAGAUGGCAGCACUUUGAAGCUGCAGCCGCCCACCAACGAAGCCCCCUUCUAUCUAACGAACAUGCAGAUAACGUCUCUGGUUCGGAAAUUGGACGACACCAAAAAGACAUACAGAUGGCUCUGCUUGCUGUUCGGUACCGUCGGCCUGGUUCUCGGCGGUCUGAUGGCUCGCAGAUUCUACAAAGACUACUGCAAGAAACGCGACGAUCUUCGGACUAGGGAGGAACUGGAGAGGAAUCGCGUCGAGCGUAGACGUCGCGUGAGAGACGACGAUCUUCCCGAGAUACACCUGUGCGUCGUGUGUCGCAUCAAUCCGAGAGAGAUCAUUUUACUGCCCUGCGGACACGUCUGCUUGUGCGAGGACUGCUCCACCGGCAUCGUAGAUAACUGCCCCGUCUGUCGGAGCGCCAUAGAUAAGAAAUCCGCAGCGUACAUUUCGUAAACUCUACUACGAUUAAAUAAAACGACGUGUGUAUAUACAUAUAAACUUCUUGGGGAGGAAUGAAAUUGUUCUAACGGUAUCAUUUAAUACGAUGCGAACUGUAUUUAUUGUGCUUUCGAAAUUUUAUAUUAAAAAUUU